AUGGUACAACCGGUUACAGCCCAUAUCAUCUUCUUUUCGGGAGAUCACCAAGGUUACCAGUUGACUUACUCCUCGGAGAAGAAGAGGAUGAACCUCAGAAACAGUCUGCAAAUGAGUGGCUUACUAAACAUCAAACCCGCCUACGGUACGCUUGGGAAAAAAGCAGGGGAGCAUAUACGCGAGUCAGCAGAGAAGAGAAAGCAAAGAAACGAUUCAAAGGUGUAUGCGCCAGAUAUCAAAGUGGGGGAGUUAGUGUACCUACGAAAAAGAGUUUUGGGGCGAAACAAGAUCCAAGAUGCAUGGGAACCUACCAUGUUUAUCGUGACUGAAGUACCGACCAAAGAUGGUGGACCAUAUACUGUCGUACCCUAUAGUGGUCGAGGUGCCCCAAAGAAGGUCAGUCGUGUUGAACUACAACCAUGCCCCAUGAAGAGUGACCCUCCUCAACCGAUACAACCAACGACGAUUAAGUGCGUUCCCAACCGAGCCAUUCAUGAAGAUGCGUCCUCAACUGACACUGAAUCGGAGUUUAUGUUGCUCGUUAAUACCCCUUCGUCACCCAGAAAGCAUCACAUAUCCACAUCCAAAGGCGAACAAAUUCAAGCAACGCCAGACAACGAUCCAGCAACAACUCUCCGAAGAUCGAAACGGAUAGCGGCGAAAAGACAGAACACCCACCAAAGCAAAUCAAAUCCAACAUGCAAUCAACUGACGGUAUCGUAUCGAGACUUUAAUGUUUAUGUCCUAGUUAUAUGUGUGCUUAUAACUGGCAUUUCCGUGUUCUCUGCAGUUAUAUAG